AUGUCUCCUAGCACAAACCGUAAAUCCUCACCCUCUGGCAUUUUGCAUCAAUAUGCUUCAAGGCUGGUAGCCUUUGAGUACACUUCCCCGGCCCAGGCCAGCAAACCGAAUAGCUUGAUCUUCGUGGGUGGGUUGACCGAUGGAUUCAACACCGUUCCCUACGUGUCCACGCUGGCAACAGCCCUCCAAGACAGCGAUUGGUCGCUGUUCUCUAUUCUCUUAACCUCCUCCUACAACGGAUUUGGAACCAGCAGUCUUGACCAAGACGUUGAGGAGAUCGGCCAGUGCGUUCAAUUUAUUCGGGACCUCAAAUCCGACCAUCUUUCGGGCAAGAUCGUGGUCAUGGGCCACUCGACGGGCAGCCAGGAUGUCCUUCACUAUCUCUACGCGCCCAACCCGGUCCCCAAGACCGAGAUUGAUCUCGGACUGCAAUAUCUGACUCGCCCCGCUAUUGACGGUGCCAUUAUGCAGGCGCCCGUAUCGGACCGCGAGGCCACUUUGUUGAAGCUGAAGACGGCCAACGAACCCAACGAGGUGCGUGGCGCAUACGAUCAGCUCGUGGACGCCGCAAAACGACAGCCGUGGACGCCAGAUGGGCAUGAUUCGCUUCUACCACUAGACAUGACGGCCAGACUGGGACUGCCCGGUGGUGCACCGAUCAGUGCCCGUCGAUUUCUGAGUCUUGUCAGCCCGGAUAGCCCGGCAAUCCCCUCGCAGGAUGAUCUCUUCAGCUCGGAUCUGAAUGAAAUGCGUCUGCAGGAGACCUUCGGGGUGAUUGGGACCCGGGGCUUACUAAACUCGAAGCUGUGUGCCUUGUAUUCUGGCAGCGAUGAGUAUUGCCCACCAUGGGUUGAUAAGCAACACUUGAUGCAGCGGUGGAAGCAGGCAACCGAGGCAGGAGGAACACCAUGGGAUGAAAACAGUGGGGUUAUCUCUGGUGCAAGUCACAACGCCAAGGAUGUGGGCCAGAAGGACCUGGUCGACCGUGUCCUACGUUAUCUCAAAAGCGUCUGA